GGCGCUCCUCGUGCGGCGGCGGCAGAGGAGCGAGAGCAGCGGGCAGCAGCACAUCCCCGCGCAACAGUCGCCACAGCCGCCACAGCCGCCACAACCGCUACUGCCGCCGCCGCCGCCCCGCGCGCCCAACUGCCGCGGCCCGCCGCGCCCCGUCCCCCUUCCGGCCGGCCUGCCAGCCCGUCAGAGAGCGGCGAGCGGCCUCCCGCCCGGCCCCCUGAGGCGGGCGCCCGGCCGGACCCUGAGCCUCGUCCUCUCGCGCUGCGGCCGCCCGCGCGUCCUGGGCCGCCUGUCGGGCAUGAAAACCAAGUUCUGCACCGGGGGCGAGGCGGAGCCCUCGCCGCUCGGGCUGCUGCUGAGCUGCGGCAGCGGCAGCGCGGCCCCGGCGCCCGGCGUGGGGCAGCAGCGCGACGCCGCCAGCGACCUCGAGUCCAAGCAGCUGGGCGGCCAACAGCCGCCACUCGCGCUGCCCCCCGCGCCGCCGCUGCCGCUGCCCCAGCCCCCGCCGCCGCCGCCGGCAGACGAGCAGCCCGAGCCCCGGACGCGGCGCAGGGCCUAUCUGUGGUGCAAGGAGUUCCUGCCCGGCGCCUGGCGGGGCCUCCGCGAGGACGAGUUCCACAUCAGUGUCAUCAGAGGCGGCCUUAGCAACAUGCUCUUCCAGUGCUCCCUACCUGAUACCACAGCCACCCUUGGCGAUGAGCCUCGGAAAGUGCUCCUGCGACUUUAUGGAGCGAUUUUGCAGAUGGUAUUUUUGAUAAAGCUGUGGAAUGGAAAGGGAUCCUGUAAUAAAGAGGGAUCCGAACAAGCUCAGAAAGAAAAUGAAUUUCAAGGGGCCGAGGCCAUGGUUCUGGAGAGCGUUAUGUUUGCCAUUCUCGCAGAGAGGUCACUUGGGCCAAAACUCUAUGGCAUCUUUCCCCAAGGCCGACUGGAACAGUUCAUCCCGAGCCGCCGGUUAGAUACUGAAGAAUUAAGUUUGCCAGAUAUUUCUGCAGAAAUUGCUGAGAAAAUGGCUACGUUUCAUGGUAUGAAAAUGCCAUUCAAUAAGGAACCAAAAUGGCUUUUUGGCACAAUGGAAAAAUAUCUAAAUGAAGUUCUGAGAAUUAAAUUUACUGAGGAAUCCAGAAUUAAAAAGCUCCACAAAUUGCUCAGUUACAAUCUGCCUUUGGAACUGGAAAACCUGAGAUCAUUGCUUGAAUCUACUCCAUCUCCAGUUGUAUUUUGUCAUAAUGACUGUCAAGAAGGUAAUAUCUUGUUGCUGGAAGGCCAAGAGAAUUCUGAAAAACAGAAACUGAUGCUCAUUGACUUCGAAUACAGCAGUUACAAUUACAGGGGAUUCGACAUUGGAAAUCACUUCUGUGAGUGGAUGUAUGAUUAUAGCUAUGAAAAGUACCCUUUUUUCAGAGCAAACAUCCGGAAGUAUCCCACCAAGAAACAGCAGCUCCAUUUUAUUUCCAGUUACUUGCCUGCAUUCCAAAAUGACUUUGAAAACCUCAGUACUGAAGAAAAAUCCAUUAUAGAAGAAGAAAUGUUGCUUGAAGUCAAUAGGUUUGCCCUUGCAUCUCAUUUCCUCUGGGGACUUUGGUCCAUUGUACAAGCCAAGAUUUCAUCUAUUGAAUUUGGGUACAUGGACUACGCCCAAGCAAGGUUUGAUGCCUAUUUCCACCAGAAGAGGAAGCUUGGGGUGUGACUGUGGGGAGGACUCCAUCCACCUCAUCACUGGACUGCAUGGGGAGGCGGCGGAGCGGGGUCCCCUCUGUGCUUCGACUACUGCUCCUGUGGCAGGAGGCUUUGGGUGGCUCACUACUGAAUACAGAUGUUUAUGAUACUAAAGACUGUAUUAAAAUGGAGCGACAUUUAUUUCACCUCUUGUUUACAAUUUCACUAGGACUCAGAAACGAGAUUGGGAAGCAGAAAUAUAGUGCAAUAGUGCAACAUCUCUGAAUCCUUUUAAUCUAGAGAAGGCGUUUCAUAUUUGAGGGCUAAGGUUUCCAGUCAGAAAGGGCAAACAGCAAGAGUAAGCAGUGUUACUUGCAGGUACUUUGGUUAAUGUUGAUUUAAUUUUUUUUUUUUUCAUGAAUGUGCUGGUGAACACUGUGACCAGGCUUUUGUAGAUGGCGAUGUGUUAUAGACGCUGCUCAUUCCCAAGGGACGGCAAGUGAGCAGAGAUGUACUGUGAAGUCGCCAGUCACUACUGCAAGGUAGCUUCUGCCUGGGGCCCCCAGAAGCUGCUCCUGUAUCCUCUUGGUCCCAUGGCUGAAGCUGGAGCAGUGGAUUGCUGCCGCUUACGUGUGGAGCACAGCUCUCCCCUCCUGCUGGGUGUGUGACAUUGAUGAAUUUCACUGUACUGUGUGUGACUUCUCCCUGCCCUUCCUCCUGAUGGAGUGUGCAGACAGCCGUGCGUGGCCACCGGGCAGUGUGAGGACCUCCCUGUCUCCCAGCUCCUCUCCCAGGGGAGCCAGCUGAUUGACCCAGCUCUUUGGGCCUCUCCUGCCCUCUGCUCUGCCUGAAGUGUGGGAUCCUGUUGAGUGGGCUGGGCCGCCCCCGGGCAGGGUGAGGGAAACCCUGGUCUGGGUUCUCUGAGGGCUCAGUUUCCCGGCCCUUACCUUUCCCGAUGUCCCUGACAUCAUCAUUCUUGUGGGAGAUAGCAGCCUCUAUGUGGUGAACGGCGUGGAUUGAGUGUAGCUGUGAAAUCCAUAUAUAUGAAAUGUCCCACGGGAUACAGUCUUAGCUGACUUUUUUUACUCUGAACUCUUAAUUGUUUUUUGUGCAUAUAUUUCUGCUACCACAGAGAUUGUACUAUACAAAUAAAAUAAUAAAAAUCCAACCUCAAGC